ACCAAAAUGCAAGUUCUUACGUGCAUAUGUGUGGAACAGAGAAAAAAGCAGAGCAGAAAAAAGCAGCUUUCCACACGCCUCAGAUUUUCCUUCAUUUUCUCUCGCUCACUUUCUCGGAAUCCAAACAUCCCUCUGUCAGACUCACCGUGAGUGACCAUCUCGAUUGUUCUUCACAAUUCUCUCCGCAUGAUUUGAAGAUUUCACCUUGAGAAGCUUUUCAUUUCCACGUUCUUCGCCAAAUCUUUUUCGGAGUUGUUUACUUGAGUUCUGAGAAGUUCUCUCUGGGUUUCUUUUAGGCGGUCGAUCGGAGUUCUACUCUGCUUUGAGUUAAAAUCUGAAGUGGUUUUGAGUUCCUCUCUGAGGUAGAUGUCGCAGAAUUCUCAGGUUCCGCCUUCUUUCCAGUCGAUCAAAUCGUUGCCUGGGGAUUUUAGGUUCACGGGUUCCCCGGCUUCUGAUUGUCUUGAAAAAUCCGAUGCUGGGAAUUUGGGAAAUAUUUAUGUGAUCUCGUCGAGUAUUCCUGAAAAUGGUGAUUUAAGGGAUGGGGUUGUUGAGGGAGUUGAGGGCACAGUUGGCUACAUGGGCCAGGUUAUUGAGGAUUCCCCAUAUAUUGGGAAUGCAAUAUCAGUUGAAGACAGGCCCUCGAUUGUUGAUGAAGAAUUGGAUUCAGUGGUUUCACAUUUGUCUUCAAUCUCGGCAUCACGUAGUGAAUGUAGGUGGGAUGACACCACCUCCUACACUACAAAGAAGAAGCUUCAGUCUUGGAUUCAACUUCCAAAUGGGAAUUGGGAGCUGGGGAAGAUUUUAGCCACUUCAUCAUCUGAGUCUGUUAUUUCACUGCCUGAUGGGAAAGUUUUAAAUGUAAAAACUGAAAGCUUGGUACCAGCAAAUCCUGAUAUACUUGAUGGUGUAGAUGAUCUUAUGCAGCUAAGUUAUUUAAAUGAACCGUCAGUAUUAUACAAUAUUCAGUGUAGAUACAAGCAAGAUAUGAUAUAUACAAAAGCCGGCCCUGUUUUGGUCGCUAUAAAUCCGUUUAAGAGAGUUUCUUUAUAUGGAAAUGAUUACAUUGAAGCAUAUAAGCGUAAAUCUAUUGAGAGUCCCCAUGUGUAUGCCAUUACGGACACCGCUAUCCGGGAAAUGGUACGAGAUGAAGUAAAUCAAUCCAUCAUUAUAAGUGGGGAAAGUGGAGCUGGAAAAACCGAGACGGCAAAAAUAGCUAUGCAAUAUUUGGCUGCUCUUGGUGGUGGAAGCGGAAUAGAAUAUGAGAUAUUGAAGACUAAUCCAAUAUUAGAAGCUUUUGGUAAUGCAAAAACAUUGAGAAAUGACAACUCAAGCCGCUUUGGAAAGCUCAUUGAAAUUCACUUCAGUGAAACUGGAAAAAUAUCUGGUGCCAAUAUUCAAACCUGUAAGUUCACCUUCUUCAUUUUACUAUGUCAACAGUCUAGAGUGGUCCAAUGCACUGAGGGAGAAAGGUCAUAUCAUAUAUUUUAUCAGCUCUGUGCUGGGGUUCCUACUGAUCUAAGAGAGAAGCUAAAUUUGAAGAGUGCAGACGAGUAUAGAUAUCUGAGGCAGAGCAAUUGUUAUUCAAUUACUGGGGUUAAUGAUGCUGAACAAUUUCGCAUUGUUGUGGAAGCUCUGGAUGUUGUCCAUAUUAGCAAAGAAGACCAACAGAGUGUAUUUGCCAUGCUUGCUGCUGUCUUGUGGCUAGGAAACAUCUCAUUUACCGUGAUUGAUAGUGAAAAUCAUGUUGAAGCUGUGACGGAUGAAGGUCUAUAUAAUGUUGCUAAAUUAGUUGGAUGUGACGUUGGGGAGCUUAAGUUGGCUUUGUCAACUCGCAAUAUGAGAGUUGGGAAUGAUAAUAUUGUCCAAAAGUUAACACUAUCUCAGGCCACUGACACAAGAGAUGCAUUGGCAAAAUCAAUUUAUGCUUGUUUGUUUGAGUGGCUGGUUGAACAAAUCAACAAAUCUCUUGCAGUAGGCAAACGUCGUACUGGCAGAUCCAUCAGCAUUCUUGAUAUCUAUGGCUUUGAAUCAUUUGAUAGGAAUUCCUUUGAACAGUUCUGCAUAAAUUAUGCAAAUGAGAGAUUGCAGCAACACUUCAAUCGUCAUCUAUUCAAGUUAGAACAAGAGGAAUAUAUCCAAGAUGGCAUUGACUGGACAAAAGUUGACUUUGAAGACAACCAAGAUUGUCUUAGUCUUUUUGAAAAGAAACCAUUGGGGUUAUUAUCCUUGUUAGAUGAAGAAUCAACUUUCCCAAAUGGCACGGAUUUGACCUUUGCCAACAAGCUUAAGCAACAUCUGAAUUCUAAUUCUUGUUUCAGAGGAGAACGAGGAAAAGCCUUUUCUGUCUGUCACUAUGCGGGGGAGGUUAUGUAUGAUACAACUGGAUUUCUGGAGAAGAACAGGGAUUUACUGCAUCUAGAUUCCAUUCAACUUUUGUCCUCCUGCUCUUGUCGCCUUCCUCAGAUAUUUGCUUCUAGUAUGCUUACACAAUCUGAGAAACCUGUAGUUGGUCCUUUAUAUAAAGCAGGUGGAGCAGAUUCCCAAAAGCUAAGUGUUGCUACAAAAUUUAAGGGUCAAUUAUUCCAACUGAUGCAACGCCUAGAAAGCACCACACCUCAUUUCAUACGUUGUAUCAAGCCCAAUAACCUUCAGUCUCCCAAAUUGUAUGAACAAGGACUUGUGCUACAGCAGUUAAGAUGUUGUGGAGUCCUAGAAGUAGUGCGAAUAUCAAGAUCUGGCUUUCCCACCAGAAUGUCCCACCAGAAGUUUGCUAGAAGAUAUGGUUUUCUUCUGCUGGAGAAUGCCACAUAUCAGGAUCCACUUAGUGUUUCAGUUGCAAUUCUUCAUCAGUUCAAUAUCUUGCCUGAAAUGUAUCAAGUUGGCUACACAAAGUUGUUCUUCCGAACUGGACAGAUUGGGGUGCUUGAGGAUACAAGAAACCGUACCCUCCAUGGCAUUUUAAGGGUUCAAAGCUGUUUUAGAGGGUACCGAGCGCGCUGUUACCUUAGGGAACUUAGGAGAGGAAUUGCCACUCUUCAGUCAUUUGUUCGGGGAGACAAAACCAGAAUGGAAUAUGCAGUCACCCUGCAGAGACAUAGAGCUACUGUUGUAAUACAAAAGUGGAUGAAAGGAAGGAUUGCUAGGAAGAAAUUGAGGAGUAUAAAUGAUGCAUCAAUUGUAAUACAAUCAGUUAUUCGUGGCUGGCUGGUCAGAAGAUGCUCAGGGGAUGUAGGACUACUGAAAUCUGGUGGCAUGAAGGCUAAUGAAUCAGAUGAGGUGCUGGUGAAGUCUUCCUUCCUUGCUGAAUUACAACGACGAGUUCUUAAGGCAGAGGCUGGUCUGAGAGAAAAAGAAGAGGAGAAUGACAUCCUCCACCAACGUCUCCAACAGUAUGAGAGUCGUUGGUCUGAAUAUGAGCUGAAAAUGAGAUCCAUGGAAGAAGUGUGGCAGAAACAAAUGAGAUCCCUACAAUCUAGCCUCUCCAUUGCAAAGAAGAGCCUAGCCAUUGACGAUUCUGAAAGAAACUCUGACGCAUCAGUAAAUGCUAGCGAUGACAGAGACUACAGCUCAGAUAUGGGAAGUAAUGAUAAGCGAGUUGAGAGCAAUGGGUUGAGGCCAAUGAGUGCUAGUUUGAGUGUAAUAAGCAGGUUAGCUGAAGAAUUUGAGCAGCGGAGUCAAGUAUUUGGUGAUGAUGCCAAGUUCUUGGUGGAGGUAAAGUCCGGUCAAGUCGAUGCAAGUCUGAAUCCAGACAGGGAGCUUAGAAGGUUGAAGCAGAUGUUUGAAGGUUGGAAGAAGGAUUAUGGGUCAAGACUGCGGGAAACAAAGGUGAUUUUGCAUAAGCUUGGAAACGAAGAUGGAAAUGUGGUGAAAAAGAAAUGGUGGGGAAGGAGGAACAGCUCAAGGAUAAAUUAGAUGGGGUUAUAUUUGUCUCAAUUAUUGAGGCCCCGUCUGUUUUCCAUCUUCGGAAAUCGUGAAGGUACUGUUAAAGACACGAGAAAGUUGUAGGGAAAGGAGCAGCUCAAUGAUAAUUGUUGAUCAUUCAAACACAGUUUUAUUGAAUCAUCAUUUUGUUUCCUCUUUUCUAUUUAUCAACGCGAGUUGUUGUUGCAUAUAGAAAAUUGUGAGGAGUUUUGGUGUUGCAAGCGAUUUGGUACAUUACAGAGCCUGGAAAUGAAAGUAUGUAUAUCAAUUUCAAUAUAGAUCCAGUUACGUUAAUGAAAGACCGAGUUGUCUACAA